AUGCAAAAGACCAUUCAAGGCAAGGACGAGGCCGCUGCACUCGCCAUAUUGAAACAGCAGCCAGCCGAGGGGGUGACACCGCUGCCCUUCCAGCCGGAUAUUGCCCUGCUGUAUGCGGUCGUGACUGAGCCGACGCUUGCCAAACAACAUCUUCGCUACCUGACGGCGGUAGCUACUGCUGAUAAUUAUAAGAAUUGCAUGGGAUGGCUACAGAAACUCAUCGACCUCAAGUUCGUCAAGCUGCUAGUGGCUUGUCGCAGCCAAUUGCUGUGGCUCGUGAGAGAAUUGGUCCAUUUGAACGCACCAGGAGUGGACAAGGUCAUUGUCUGCUUGAUGAGAUACUUGACUGGCGGCGAUCCGAGCCGCACCACCGUCUGGCUGGCGUCGUCGAUUAUCCGAAUCCUCAUCGAGCACGAAGCGUGGUUGCUGUCAUGUUCCAGUUUGAUCCCGUUCGUCUUCCACACAUUUGCAAGGAUUUCACUCGACCACACUGCAUCGCAAAACGCGAGUCUAUUGAAGCAGGAGGUGGAGCUAUGCACAACGCUGUGGAGCCGUCGCCAGGCGGAUGUAGCGCAGCUUGGACGAGAAAUCGUGCGUGUUCUCAGUGAUGCCAAGGAUAUCCCGGGAAUGAACGCGCUCUGGAAACAACUGCGAAACGUUCGCGACACUGCUGAGCCCGAGAAGGAUGUCACUGUGUACUCGGUGGCUCAAUUGAUGGCGAUUCCGACCCCUCCCAAAUAUCUCGCUUACCGAUUGAACCCGAAAAUGGAGGAAUAUCUGCUCUUUAUGAUGGAACGUGUUCAAGCUGGAUCUGUGACGCGCUACCAAAAGUGGUUUUCCUCUCAGUUUUUGAGCAGCCCCGGAUCGGACGCUCUUGUACCCGACCUCGUGCGCUACAUUUGCGCGGUUUAUCACCCUUCCAACCAGGUUUUGAGCUCCAAGGUCACCCCUCGUUACCACAUUCUAGGGUGGCUGUACUUGCUCUGCCACGGCAGUAAGACGCCAAGUGUAUUGGCCCGAGUUCAGCUUGCAAUGUUCUUCGACUACCUCUACUUCAAACCAUCGGACAACAUAAUGACUGUCGAGCCAGCGAUUUUACUAAUGGUGAAAUCACUGAAAAGUCAUCCGAUGGUAACGCUCGCCAUGAUUCAAUUCCUCGUAUUUGCUGUGGAGAAGUUUGCCGCAUCAGCUGUAAAUCGGAAGCUGAUGCAGAAGGGUGUUUCCACUGCUUUCGCGAUGAUUCUGAAGCUUGGCGUUGUGUCAUAUAUUCAUCCACUCCAGUCGUUUCCUAUGCUGCUGUCAAGUGCCCCAGAACUGCAGUCGGAUCUUCACCGUAUUUUUCCAGAGCAUUUCCCGUCUCCAGAGAAUGCCAACAACGUGCAAGCGCACCCGAGUCCACUCUCAAGUGCUGGGGGAAGUCCCGCCAGAUCUCCUGUAGCGACCAAUUCGCCUCUUCGACAAUCUCCUGUACGGCAGUCACCAGUUCGACAAUCACCCGUCCAUCAGUCACCACUGCGAGGCAGUCCUAUUGGCGCUGGUAGCCCAAUUACGUCACCAUUACGAUCACAGAGCCCCACGCAUUCGGACGCUAGUAUGGGCGGUGGUGGUCCUUCAUCUGACACGAGCUCGCUGGGUGCGCUGUCAUUCUUGCCCGACAACCAGCAAAGUGGAGAUACCACGACGGAAAUGGCUACUCCUAGUGACGCAACAGCGCUGCCAACUGUGACCUCCCCAAAGCAGCCUACACUUGAGAUCCCUGACAGCAUUUUAGCGCUUGGACGUGGUGAUAUCAAACACUUCCAGCAGAUAUUGCCGGAGCCCUGUACACGCCCCACCGAGAGCUUCCUGGAGUGCUUGAACGACAUUUUAAUUUCGUGGAUACGUCAGAGUAACGCUGUCGAAAUUGCUGCCCCUUUGGGGUCAUUCCUGUAUGCCUCGCUGGAACGGAUCAUUGUGUCAUCACGAAUUGCGCUGAAUGACUCCCCAAAAGCCACAUGUGCGGGUGUAUUGGAUUCGAUGCUAGACCAGGUGCUCACCAUUGGUGGCAACUUGGCUCAAAAUAUCCUGAAGGACUUGAACCUGAGUCAGCAAAUCGACGAUGCCCGGGUACAAGCAUGUGCGUUAUUAAACAAGCAGUUGCCUCCUGCUGCUCCCAAGGACGAGAUGGAUGCCGUUAGUGCUACUGCACUCGUCGUGUGUCCGUAUUUGUUCGCGAACAUGAAGCAUCCGUCCCUGUCCAAGCUCAUGGGUCGAAGCGAAGCGCUCGUGCAGCUGCUGCUUGGACUUGUGACGCCAGCAAUGCUGAAUGCGCUGUGCACUCGUGUCGUUAUGCGUGAGUUUGCAGUUUUCAAGAGCCGCCUGGCCAAUAUCGUGCUCUCUUCGCUGCAAUGGACGUCGUGGGAGCAGUACGGCAUGUGGGAUCUUGUGGUAGCGGAGCUUCAGUCUGGACGUUCAGCCACAGCCGAAAAGACCAUGAUGGCUGCAGCGCGCAAGGUGUUGGCCUGUGUGAACCCGAAGGAGAGUCCGGAGACGAUGACGGGUCUGCUCAAGUGUCUGAUCCACUUCAGCCCUGAUGAAAGUGUUCUGCAGAGUGUGUUCAAGCUACCUGACUCUUACGACGACUUCCCCUUCGCAGUGCUGGCCUGUUGGAUGGACAAGUUCCCGGACGUGGUGACAGGCCAUGUCCGUAGCUCGCUGGAAAAUGUCGACGAUCUCUCCAAAGACAAGACAAUUGCAGAACUUGUUCGGAAACUGAACCACCUCCAAGACCUGCACAACCGAAGCGUCUCCUCCUCCGAUGGACAGAUCGCUGUGCUCAAGGACGAAUAUGUCCUCACCGCAUUGAAGAAACUACUGCACCGACCAGCCGAUGCAUCCGAAGCCACGGACUACCAGACACUACGAGAAAUUUUAUUUGAUGAGGAGCCUCCGCACAAGAAACCUCGUCUAGCAGAAGAGAAUUAG